AAAAUCAACAAGACUCCACUACCACCAACACAGAAAAUCAAGAAGACUCCACUACCACGAACACAGAAAAUCAACAAGACUCCACUACCAACACAGAAAACCAACAAUACUUCACUACCACCAACACAGAAAACCAACAAGACUUUACUACCACCAAUACAGAAAACCAACAAGACUCCAUUACCACCAACACAGAAACCAACAAGACUCCACUACCAACAACACAGAAAACCAAGAAAACUCCACUACCAACAACACAGAAAACCAACAAGACUCAACUACCACCAAUACAGAAAACCAACAAGACUCAACUACCACCAAUACAGAAAACCAACAAGACUCAACUACCACCAAUACAGAAAACCAACAAGACUCCACUACCACCAAUACAGAAAACCAAGAAGACUCUACUACCAACAACACAGAAAACCAAGAAGAAUCUACUAACAACAACACAGAAAACCAACAAGACUCAACUACCACCAAUACAGAAAACCAACAAGACUCUACUACCAACAACACAGAAAACCAACAUGACUCCACUACCACCAACACAGAAAACCAACAAGACUCUACUACCAACAACACAGAAAACCAACAAGACUCCACUACCACCAACACAGAAAACCAAGAAGACUCCUCUACCACCAACACAGAAAACCAACAAGAUUCUACUACCAACAACACAGAAAACCAACAAGACUUCACUAUCAACAACACAGAAAACCAACAAGACUCAACUACCACCAAUACAGAAAACCAACAAUACUUCACUACCAACAACACAGAAAACCAACAAGACUCAACUACCACCAAUACAGAAAACCAACAAUACUUCACUACCACCAACACAGAAAACCAACAAGACUCAACUACCACCAAUACAGAAAACCAACAAGACUCCACUACCACCAACAGCAAUUGUAAUAAUUCCCUAA